AUGGAGGGGCCGGCGCUCCGGGGCCCCGCGCGCGGCCUGGCGGGGCUCGCGGCUCAGCAGCACUGCAGCAUUCAAGAAAAAAUAGACUUAGAAAUUCGAAUGCGAGAAGGAAUAUGGAAACUCCUUUCUCUGAGCACUCAAAAGGACCAAGUGUUACUUGCAGUUAAGAACCUUAUGGUGUGCAAUUCCCGAAUAAUGGCUUACACUUCGGAGCUGCGGAAAUUAGAAGAGAGGAUUGCCAAUCAAACUGGAAGAUGUGAUGUAAAUUUUGAAAAUAAACAACGAACACCAUGCAAAGGAAAAGUGGCCAUAUCAGACAUCCGAAUACCACUAAUGUGGAAAGACUCUGAUCACUUCAGCUAUAAAGAAGGAUCACCACGCUAUGCCAUUUUCUGUUUAUUCAAAAUGGGAGCUAAAGUUUUUGAUACUGACAUGAUUAUAGUGGAUAAAACAAUCACAGAUAUAUGUUUUGAAAACAUAACCAUAUUUGACGAAGCAAGACCAGACUUUCAGAUAAAGGUAGAAGUAUAUAGUUGCUGUGCAGAAGAAUCUUCUAUAACCAAUACACCAAGAAAGCUAGCCAAGAAACUUAAGACAUCUAUAAGCAAAGCUACAGGAAAGAAAAUACAUUCUGUGUUUCAAGAGGAGAACCAUGAAACAAGUUUGUUCCUCAGUUCUACUGUUCCUGGUGCAAAGUAUAAUUUGCUAGCUCACACUACCUUAACUUUGGAAAGUGCUGAAGAUAGCUUCAAGACCCAUAAUCUCUCUAUUAGCGGAAAUGAGGAAUCUUCCUAUUGGCUUCCCUUAUAUGGCAACAUGUGCUGCCGAUUAGUUGCCCAGCCAGCUUGUAUGGCUGAGGAUGCAUUUGCAGGAUUUCUUAACCAGCGGCAAAUAGUUGAUGAUCUAACUAGUUGGAGGAGGCUGUAUUGUGUUUUGAGAGAGGGCAAACUCUUUUGUUAUUAUGGUCCAGAAGAAAUUGAAGCCAAAGUGGAGUCAACUUUGGUAGUCCCCAUUCAUAAGGAAACCAGAAUUCGAGCAAUGGAUAAAGAUGCCAAGAAAAGACUCCAUAGCUUCUCUGUCAUCAACCCUGUUGCUGGACAAUCUGUAACUCAUAUAUUUUCAGUUGAUAGUAAAGAAGAUCUUGAGAAGUGGAUGGAAGCCUUCUGGCAGCAUUUCUUUGAUCUUAGCCAAUGGAAGCAUUGUUGUGAAGAACUUAUGAAAAUUGAGAUUAUGUCACCACGGAAACCACCUUUGUUCUUGACAAAAGAGGCAACCUCAGUCUACCAUGAUAUGAGCAUUGAUUCACCAGUGAAACUUGAAAGUUUAACUGACAUAAUUCAAAAGAAAAUUGAAGAGACAAAUGGACAGUUCCUUAUUGAUCAAAGUGAAGAACCCUCCCCACCUCCUUGGGCUACAAUCUUUGAUGGUAAUCAUGAAAUGGUCAUCCACAAAAAGGUAUUGUCCCCUGAAAGUGAGCCAGCACAAGAUGGGAAAAGGAAAAAGAGACGAGCUCCUCUUCCUCCCUCUGAUAAGCCUCCAUUCAGCUUCAAAACACAGAGCAACACAGAUCCAUCCGUGAAGGACAACUGGGGAAAAACAAGUGUGUCUCCAGCCUCGCCUUUGGACACCAGACUUUCUAACCUUAUGCACCACUUACAGAAACCAGUCGCUUCUCCUCGAAAACUUCCUCCUGCCAGGAAAAGUAGUUUAACUGAUGGUGAGCACAGAGACACUAAAAACAAUUUUGAAACUAAGCCAGUACCAGCUCCAAGGCAGAAAUCCAUCAAAGACAUUUUGGACCCUCGAUCAUGGUUGCAAGCACAAGUAUAGAAAACCUUUACUGUAUAAAACACUUAACAAAAAUCUAUAACUGGAAGGCUUAAUUCAGAGGCAUUAUAAAUGUAAAGUUACAUAAUUGUACAGGUAAAUAUGAUAGCAAUUUACAUACAUAAUUAAUAAGCUACUAGGUACAGAAAACUAUCUUAUAAUGAAGGAAUACGUUUCUAUUUUAUUUCUGAUUUUCAGAAUAUAAGUGGUUUUUCCCCAUAGAGUAUAAGAGGCGGUUUCUAGACAAUAUCCUAAUUGUUGGAAGGGUUAAUUUAUGCCAAAAUUAGUACCAGGCAGUGAAUAAGCACUAGGCAGAAGAAAGCAUUAACAUUUCUUUUGGGGAGAGACUGUCUAGUAAUUUAAAAUGUGUUAAAUAUGAGCCAUAUUCUCAUUGUGAGAAUUUUAAUACUAAUGGAAUGUUUCAAAGGUUUUAUUCAAACCACAAAUUAUAGAAUCCACCCAAGAAAAUGUUCUUGUUAGCAUUCUGGAAUUCUCAUCUAAUGCUUCACUGGCUCACAUCUAUUGUUUAACUCUCUCGUUUAUA